AUGUCUACCUCCAACUCUACUGGCUUCCCUGUCACCACCUAUUUUGUACCCAGUGAAGCCAACAUGCUAGCCGACAACCGAGUGUCCUUCGCCCGUGGGCAACAACACAACCAAGCCAACGUCUCUGACGCCAUAGAACUAAUAUCAGCCAAAAACACCUACGUUUAUUUAUUCUACAAAACAGAAAAAUGCUACCCCCACGCGUACCACGCUCUUUCCUCCAUGCAUACCUUCCUUGCCAUUGACCUCCGAGCAUUCGCGGCUCAACAAUCAGGACUCGAGUAUCUGUCGGGCACUCCGGAUGGAAAAAUUAGUUUUAGAAUCUUUGGAACGACGCUUGAGGAUGAGCUCCUCGAGUGGGCAGACGGACACGGCAAAGGCAUAUUUGGAAUUAGGCGGGAGGACCUUGCUAACAGAAGCGCGCAUGCGGAUAGAGUGAGACGGUUGUUUGAGUACUCCUCCACCCGGUUUGUCCCGCCAGUCCCUAUCAUACCCCGAGCAGACCAGUGCUACCCCGGAGCUCACUUAACACAUUGUCACUCGACAACCUCCGUCCACCCCGUCAGCGGAAGAAUACAUUCCCACCGUCCCAACCAGCCCAAUCUUGCAAGGGUCGAGCCCCUCCAGUCCCCGUUCCAUUGGGUCGAACCCAAAACCACCAACAUCCCAGUCACCUCCACCUUGACCAGUGUCAAACGGCCUAACCCGUCGUCAUCUGACAAACCGACGAGGAGCCCGACACGGCCGGAAAGAAGUGAUACUCCAGAUCCCCACCGCGAGAACUCCAUCGAAACAGCAGUCUCGCCUAAGCCUGGUUCUCCUUCCAACCCAAUCAAUGUAGAUGACACCGAUAUGAUCAACCAGUUGUAUGCAGGAACAUACAACCUGGGAGAUGACAAUCCCCCCACUCCCCAAUCCGACACUUCGUCUAACACCAGACAAAAGUACCACCAAGGUGUUCGCAAUAACGCUCCCUACUGCCAACACUGCGGUUGGAGUGAUCAUCGCACAUACUACUGUGAAGCCUAUUACUGCCCCGAUUGUGACCGCCGCACACCAGGACAUAGUUUCAAUAGGUGUCCUAUUUGUAUGGAAAACAAAGAUAGGGUUCUAAUGGAGGGAUUACAUGGAGACGUCAGCUAUGACAAUAGUUACAACAUGGAUGGUGAAGGCACCAAAUUUUGGUGA